CCGACCCGGGAGUCAGCUGGUUGCAGACGACCAACAUGCUCGUACCAUCCGUCCUUAGGCCGUCGGCGCGUUGGGCAACGCCUGCCCUCGUCGCAUACCGUUCUUUGUCCACCACGGCGACACGCCAAGCGCCGCUCACUAUUAAGAAAGAGUUGUACACCGCGAAAGCUACUGCUACGGGCGCAGGAAGGAACGGCACUGUCAAGUCAGAAGACAAUGGCGAGGCUCCUCUCUCAUUGAAGCUCUCUACUCCGAAACCCAUGGGUGGUCAGGGUGACGGUCAGAAUCCCGAGCAGUUGUUUGCCAUGGGAUACGCUUCGUGCUUCCUCGGCGCUCUUCAGCUCACGGCCAAGAACGCUGGCAAGGCCGACAUAGCGGCUAAUGCAAAGAUCCAUACCAGCGUCUCCAUUGGACCUCCCGAGCAACCGCCGUUGCCCGGCUUCGGCCUGCGAGUGACAAUCGAGGUCGAGGGCGUCGAUGACGACAAAAUCAUUGGCGAUACUCACGAGUUCUGCCCGUACAGUCGGUUGAUUAAGCAUGGUGCUCAGGUGACGGUGAAGAAAAUCUGAGCCUCAACAUGCGAGAUCCCUCGCUCUCUGAUAAGCGUGUACAGUACACCUGCGCACUGGAAAUAAGAAUGAACGCCGCAUGUAUGCACCCAGGCGCACAAGAAAUGUCUUUGGCUCUUUCCCGACAGCCUGUG